UGUGUCAAUCCUGAUCUUUAACACUUCUCGGCAGUGCUUUGUUGUGGUGAAGCAGUUCCGCCCAGCCGUUUACAUGUGUGAAGUAGAAAGGCAUCAUCCUCAAGUCUUUCAGAAUCAGGACAAGGAGAGCUUCUCUCAUCUAGAGGAUCCCUUACCUGCUGUGGUAGGAGUGACCUAUGAACUCUGUGCUGGCAUCGUAGACAAACCGGACCUUUCUUUAGAAGAAAUUGCAUGUGGGGAAAUCUUAGAAGAGUGUGGCUAUCGUGUUCCCGUUGCAGACCUGCGGAGGAUCACUUCUUACAGGUCUGGAGUCGGUGUGACAGGUUCUAGGCAGACGUUAUUUUAUGCAGAAGUAACAGACCAGAUGAGAACCGGUGAAGGAGGUGGGCAGCCUGAAGAAGGAGAGCUCAUUGAAGUUGUAGAAAUACCUUUAGAAGACUCCAUGAAGUUUGCUUAUGAUGAGACUCUCCCGAAGACGAUGGGUGUCAUCUUCAGCUUCACGUGGUUCCAAAACAACAUAGCACCCACGCUACCAAAAAAAUAA